GGCUGCUGAUACGGGUCAUUGGCUUGGAAAGUUAUUGAUUGAAGGGGGUGUGAAUGAUUUUAAUUAUUUUAUGAAUGUUUUAGUAAAGGUUCAGAAUGAUAUCGAUAAUAACGGUAUUGAUAAUAAU